UUUAGGAUCCCGAGGAUGCCUGCCUGUGCUCCAGUCCGUCUGGGAUGCACCUGGCUGGGAAUUGCAGAAGAGCCAAGAGUGUGAAGGGGAGACGGACUCACACAAGUCGCCUGGGAAAGCUUUGCUCUUUUUUCUCUGCAAAAGGCACCUUCUCGCACUCGGCUCUCCUGCCUGGACCACCAAAGGAACCCACUUCCAUCAAGGGUGGGGAAAUCCUGUGUUGCAGAUGGGCUGCACCUUAUCCUGCACGGGGGACGACAGGAAGGAUUCGGAUUCGGGCCUGGAUGAGAACGGGACGGACGGCAGCCGUGGGGAGGUGGAUGAAACGUUUCCCCUCUCCGAGGCCCAGAAAGAAUGGAUCCGGGAGUCCUGGAACAUCCUCCAUAAGAACAUCGCCAGAGUGGGGAUAAUUGUCUUUAUUGGACUCUUUGAGACCCACCCGGAGUGUAAAGACGUCUUUUUCCUCUUCCGUGAUGUGGAUGAUCUGCAGCAGCUGAAGAUGAGUAAGGAACUGCAGGCUCAUGGCCUCAGAGUGAUGUCCUUCGUUGAGAAGAGCGUGGCCCGGCUGGAUCAAGAAGACAAACUGGAGCUUCUGGCCUUUGAGCUGGGAAAGAACCACUUCCAUUACAAAGCUCCCCCCAACUACUACGAGUACAUUGGAAUUCAAUUCAUCCAGGCUGUUCGGCCAAUUCUCAAAGACGAUUGGACUCUGGAAGUUGAGAAGGCCUGGGAGGUUCUCUUCAGAUACCUGGCAGCUGUGAUGCGCAGGGGCUUCCAUAACGAAGGAAAGAGACUGGGGGCCAGCCCCCUUCUUCCUCCACAGACAGCCAAUGUGGAAUCGGCUCCACACCAAAUCUGAAGAAGGUGUCAUUCCUGGAAGUGGCUCCUUGAAGGAUCUCCUUGGAAUUCCUGCUAUGAGCCCCUGAUUCUGUCCGAGGAAGGUCCUUCUGUGAAGUUUCCAUUUCUGCUUUGUGGUCCUUGCAGAGCCUACAUUUCACCCUUCCAGUUGUUCAGCUACAGCAAUCCCUCAACUCCGCACCUAAAGGCCUGAGCUUGCCCUUCAACACAAGAAGACAAAGCCUGACAUUGUGUAGAUGUUGGAAAGGUUUUGGACGGGAAGCCAUCUUGCCGAAUGUGUCCCAUCAAACAUCUCUCGGCAUCCGUAGAAUUUGCCUCGUUAUUGACAUUCCUCACGAUCUUUCAGAAAUACAAUCUCAGAGUGGAAAACUUUGGAGACAGGAUGGGGACUAUCCUCCUCAAGAGAGGCCAAGAUCCUGUCUGGUCGGGCAUGGGAUAUCGCGUACGCAAGAUUUGGGUCUCUCGUCAAGGCAACCAAUGUCACCUGAGAUGUUCUGUGGACCUCAGCUGUGCUCCUGGGACAAGUCAGCCCAUGAGCUGCUCCUCUGCCUCCUUUUGCUCCUGGACCCUGGAGUGCCACAUGGACCUUCUCAGGCCAUCUUGGGAUGAUCACUGCCAGGAUAUUAAAAGGAUGCUAAGACCCUGGAAAGAGUGCAGAGAAGAGCAACAAAGAUGAUUAGGAGACUGGAGGCUAAAACAUAUGAAGAACGGUUGCAGGAACUGGGUAUGUUUAGUCCAGGGGUCGGCAACCUUAAACACUCAAAGAGCCACAAAGGUCCUAACCAGAAGCCUCCAGUUCAAAUCUUCCCCCACCAUAAGAGCCUCCUCCUAGCAAGGCGUCCUUUUUCUUCUACCUGUCCUAGCCGAAAGCCCUAUCAAUUGCGGAGCUGACUGGCGACAGGGAGCAGCAGACGGAUGAAAGAGCCACAUUGCCUCCUGGCCUAGUCUAACAAAGAGAAGGCCUAGGGGUGACUUGGUAGCAGACUUCCAAUAUCUAACGGGCUUCCACAGAGAAGAGGUGAUGGGUGUGUGUGUGUGGUCCACCUGUUUUCCAAAGCACAGGACAAGAAGCAACGGAUGGAAACUCAUCAAGGAGAGAAGCAACCUAGAACGAAGGAGGAAUUUCCUGAGAGUGAGAACAAUGAAUCAGUGGAACAACUUGCCUCCAGAAGUUGUGAAUGAACCAACACUGGAAGUUUUUAAGAAGAGAUUGGGAUAGCCAUUUGUGUGGAAUGGUAGAGGAUCUCCUGCCCGAGCAAGGGGUUGGAUUAGAAGACCUCAAGGUCCCUUCCAACUCUUGUUAUUCUUUCCACCAUUUCUUUCUUCUCGUUUUCAACACGCAGCCUCCGCCUGGCUCUCGGGGGCUGGUAACCGCUCUUUGAUUCUCUUCUU